AUGGCUACACCCCUCCCCCUGGCCUUUGAGGAUCUACCCCUUGUUGUUGUUGUUGUUGCUGUUGAGUUGCCUGCCGAAGCUCGCUCGUCAACCAACCAGCCAACCAACGCCCAAAAGGCCUUCACGCCCUCAAAGUCCAUCACCGUGUCCCGCUUAUGUACUACUGUGUACUACGCCCAGCAGAACAGCAACUGCGAGCCUCUAGCCCUUGACUCUGAGCCAGUCCUCUGA